AAGUCGGUUAAUGACAUUUUCAUCCCAAUGAUGAUUCUUUCUUGAAUCAGACGGUUGUACCAAGGCAAUGGGUUCCACUAUAAAACCUUAUCAAAUCCUCUAGAAUAGCCGGUCACCAUUGCUCUGGGCAUCACCUCAUUUGCCGAAUUACAAAACCACAAGCUGCGGCAGUCAGCAAGUACAUGAAAUGAACCUGAUAUGUGAUCUGGGGACAUCCAUUUUUCUUUCUUUUCCUUCUGUAGUUACAGAAACUACAUUCUGGACUAUAUAAUUAGCUAUCAUGGCAACAAGGAAUUUUGCAAGACAUGUUUCUCGAAGAUUCUCUAGUGGUGGCAAAGUUCUUAGUGAGGAGGAGAAAGCUGCAGAAAAUAUUUAUAUCAAGAAAACUGAACAAGAGAAAUUGGAGAAGCUGGCACAAAAGGGACCCAAGCCCGAUGAGAAACCAACUGCUACCUCAGGGGCUGGAACUGAUGCCAAACCAAGUAGUUCAGCCCCAGCAGCUGGAGCAUCAACCGAGAAAGUAUCAACAGAUAAAGGCCAAAACUACGCAGUUGUAGCAGGUAUCUUUGCUGGCCUUGGUGCUCUGGGAUGGUAUCUCAAAUCAAGUUGGAAGAAGGUAGAUGAAGUUAAGCACUGAGAAUGAUAUGCAUGUGAUCGAUAUGGGAACAGUGGACAAUAGCACCAAUGACAAUUUCAUCUCACUGAAUUCAUGUAGUAUUUGAAUAAAUCAAACUUCAUCAUGUAGGCCAUUUUGUUUCUUAUUCUCUACUAUAUUUCAACAGAAAAUUGUUUUUUGUUUUCAUAAGAAGAGAGUAUUUUUCUAGUUCUGUUGCA